AUGUCGAUAACAGUUUCAAGUCCAGAAGAAAUUAAUAAAAGUCCAUUAAACACAUCUCCUUCAAAGCAACUGUAUUCAUUCCCUAAAACAAAACGCUUCAUCAUUCCUAACUCCAAAAUGAACCAAAAUGUCGCUUACAACCUCCCUUCCACAAAAUCUCGCAGAAGCGCCAGCUUCGGCUAUGGAAAACGCUUCGACUUCACCAAGAACAAUGGGAGUCCACCGCCCACUUCAUACAACUUCAGCUCGCAGUUCAAGAAGAGUCCAAACGGAAAAGCCUACUCAUUCGGAAUCGCCAGAGAAGCGUACUCCAAAGUCUUCUUGAAAGGCCACAAAGGCCCGGAAGCAGCCAGAGACAUUCCGGGGCCAGGCUCUUACAACAACGAACUCUGGAACACAGUUGGCAAGUCUGGCAAGGCCUACACGCUCAGGCCGAGAACCGGCACGAUGGGGAUCCGAGUCAGUUCGAAGGGGAUUCCUGGGCCUGGGAGCUACGAGUCGAAGAACUCGAUAACGCCGAGGGGAGAGCAGUUCUUGUCGAAGUUCAAGUCAUCUGGAGCUUCAACGUUCAACCCUCCAUCUUCAAGUAGGUUCAAUGGGAACAAUAAUAAAUAAUCUUCCUGGUCCUGCAGAGUACAAUACAAAUUUUGGCGUUUCAAACACAGGUGGGCAAUUCUUGUCCAAAGUGCCUACUCCAGCUGGAAGGACUUUUUAUCACUUUGACAGGAAUACCUUGAAAAAUCCUUCAACUGCCAGGAAUAAUCCAGGGCCUGGGUAUUACAGGCUUCCAUCAGAUUUUGGAUACUAUGAGAGUAAGCACUCUAAGAAAUCCGUAAAAGCAAAGGGAAGAAGAAGGUCAGCAGGAUCAGCUAGAAAAUCUAAUCUUUAG